AUGAAGAAGGGAACAGAGACCAAGUGGACUCUUGGUGGAGGGUCGACUGGCAAGACUUUGGUCGCCUCUUUCUCCGCGCAACAACGCGUGUCCACCAACUCACAGUAUGGAGGAGCUACCAUCCACGAAAGAAACAUGAUUCACACCGAGCCCUGUCAGAAAGGUCGAGGCUUUGAUCGCCCUCGCAAGGAAGCAGUGUGGCGGGAACAAAGCAAGAAAAGGACAAUGAACUACGAAGCCAACGUCUUACUCGAGGUUUCACAUCCUUAG